GGGCUAAGGAAGUCCUUAAUGAUGCUGGCGGGGGAUUUAGAGCUGUUGAAAUACAAAACGUUGAAGCGACAUGAAUGAAAAUUUCUUGAAGUCCAGACUUAAGCGAAAGAAGUCUACAGUCGAAGAGCUCCAUUUAGAAACAACUUCCGGGGGAACACCGAAGAGGAGCUAUGCAACAUUGUUGUCCAGUAACAAUCUAGCAAAGACUGACGGGUCAGUGCUUCCUGCAGUAGCAUGGUGGAACAGGCAGCAGCUGCUUGCUGGGGAGAGCCUGUGGGCGUUCACAUUGAAGGCUGCUCUGCAAUACCUGGAGGAAACAUUCUGGGAGCUGGUUCCUGAUCUUCCACAUACAUCUGCAGCAAGACCUGUACCACAGUGGUUAGAAGAACAGGGAUGGGCUGACCUCAACAGUGAAGUUUCUACCUUCCCUGAACCCUCACAUCCUUCUCCAAGGACUUCACAGAGCCCAGAUCCCAUCAGGCUCAGCUCCACCCAGCAGGGCCUCUCACAAUACCCCAACCCUGUCAGAGGACUGUCCUCUCACAGCAAGCAGAGUCCCACUCACAAGAUAACGUCUCCUCAACCCCUUAGCAAAACACAGCAGGAGGAGGCAGUGUCAUCAUCAUCCUCAAAUGCCAAGAGAGAGGAGGGGAGGAAAGGGAGCUUAUCAGUCGGCAGGCCGCUUCUCACAUACUGGGUCAAGGUGUCUGAGAGAGUUCCUCAGCAGAAAGAGGUUGAACAGAAAAAGGAAGAUGAGGUGGAGAGAUGUGGUACAGCAGAUGGAGGACGAGGGCUGCAGAGUUGUCCCAUGUGUCUGCAGGUGUUCCCGGCUGUGUUCACCCAGAUGGACUGUGACGGCCACCUGGCCCAGUGCCUGUCUGAUAUGAAUGUGGACAUGACCUGGUGAGCUGACAUGAUCCCGGCUGCUGCCCAGGCUGUCUACAAAGCAUCUAGGUGCCCCUCCAAAAUCAUAUCACGCUGUGAAGGACACAUGCAGAGGGCAGCUUGUGCAAAGAACGUUACUUACUGAGGUGCAGACACACAGGGAAAGAUGAGGAAACCACAAAGUCUACUUCUUCUGUGUAAGAACACACAAGGUGGAAAGCUUUCAUGUCCAAAUUUUGGUACUGAGAGUUUUACACUUUACUGAUCAUUAAAGUACAUUUUAACAGACGCUCUUCUGUCACAUUUGUCUGUCUGGUUGGAGCAUGAUGGACUCUAUAAUCCUGUCCACUUCACAUCUGAUUGCUUUGAUUCUAGUUGGUCAGUAGGAUCUUCAUACAAUGGGACAAUCCAGACAUCCAUGUUCUCUGGGAGAUGUUACCACAAUUAUACAGAAACCAAUAGACCCUGGUCUUCACAGGCACAUUUUCUCUUCACUGGAUCUGAACUGUAUGCCUGCUGGUUGGAUUGUAUGGAUUCCUCUCCCUCAUUUACCUUUCCAGGAGAGGGUCUAGCAACUUUCUGUAACUGACAAUCUGAUAUUCACACCUUUUUCACACCCUGUCUGAAGGAGAGAGGCAUUGUUCUUCUGUUACUCCGUUAUCUGUGAGAACAUCACAAACACACAUAAUCAUGGAGAAAUUAUUUGAAAUUGAGUGCACCUCUUUGGCUGUGAGACAGCUUGUCUUAAGAACUAGUUCAUAGAGUUGUUUACCAUUAACACCUAGUAUUAGCAUGUGAUCUCGUAAUUGUGAUCCUGCCUCGAGAUAUAAAUUAUUUAGGUGGGGUUAGCUGACCUCAUCUAACGUGUUUGCCUUUCUUCUCAUAAAAGUACCUAUAAUAUUUAUGAGCUUCAAGUCCAGCAUGAUCAGGUUGGCUUCAUUAAUGAUGCAGUGCAAUGCAUAUACACCAACUCACAAGUAUAACUGCAAAGUGCAAACAGUAUCACUUAAUAUAGCAGAGAGCCUACGGCUGUUGCAGUACUAUAAACCCAUGGUCUCUGUUUCUUUCUGUUGAUGUGACUGCAGUGUACCCACACGAGCCUGACUAUUCCUAUUCCAGUCCCAUUGCUUUCUGUCUGCACUUCAUCUGCCUUUUCUUUAGUAAGUGCUAGGUAGCAGGUGACAGUGGUGUUUUUACUGAACACAGAUUUGUGUUGGUCUGCAUGAUAUAAUCUCAUAGUGGCAUCAUUUUAGUUGCAAAAAUUAGUGAAAUUGUAGUUUCACAUAUGAUGAGUAUGUCUCAUCUAAAGCUACCAGUAGUGAAACCCCAAAUCACUGCAUGAAUUAAAAAUCACAUGUAUGACUCAAAAGAUAUUCACUGCAAUUCAACGAGAGAUGGGAGACUAAACGUCUGCAAUAAAGUCUGUGGUCAACAUGAGCUUUAGACAGUUUCACUUUUUGUCCUCUAACAUAGAAUACACCAGUUUAUGCCAAACUCAUGAAUGAAAGCCUAUGUGUGCUAGAGAAUGUUUAGAGAAUGUUUUUGCUGAUUCUAUUUAUGUAAUAAAAUUGUCAG